UGUAUGUGUUUGCAUUGCGAGCCUGGCCCACCGCGCCUUCACUGCUAUUCGUAGCGUUGGUAACCAGAUGAAAGCUAAUUUGGGUAUGCCUGUGUGGCACACCUUCCAUUGCAGCGUAGGCCUGCUCUGAGAUCAUGGCCUCCUUGUGCUUGGAGCUGUACAGAGACGUAGCGAGAGACAGUCCCUGCCCAAGAGACUAACUAGCAGAAGGGUAAAUGACUUGCCCAAGAACACACAGCAGGUCAGUGGCAGGAUUCGAACCCAGCAUGCCUAGCUCCCCAGUGCUCCAGCCACCCAGCCUCAAUUUCCCCCUGCUGCUGUGACUGAGACACAUCCAGUAAGAAAAUUGAAGGGGGCCCCCCAGGUGAAAUUUGGCUUGCAGGGUAGUUCAUCUGCCCACCCAGAAUAACCCUGGCCAGUCAGAGCUGCAGAUGUUUGUCCCCUCCCCACCCACCCGGGAGCAAACAGCUGCCACUUUAACAGACUCCAUCUAAUCCGUCCAGCCAGCCUCAUUGUUGUGUUUGUUUUUCCUUAAUUCCUAUCGGCUCAAUUUCUCUCUCUCUCCACCUCCAGCUGCCCUCGCCUUUAAUUCCCCCCUCCCUCCACUUUCCCUCUCUCCCCAUCUCUCUCUUCUUUAUUUACAGCCACCUUCUCUCUGGCGAGCAGAGCCCGUUUGCAAUUUCACACCUCAGCUUGGGCUGGGCGCCGUGGAGCAGCCGGCCUGUCUAGCCGGAGACAACCAGGGGAGAGGGGCUGGAGAAGGCUAAAAAAAGGAAGAGAUUUAAACCUCCCCUCUGGGCAUACCCCCAACUUUCUUUUGCCUGCUCAAUUUCAGCUUCUUUGACCCCUCCCUCCCUUUUCCCUGGUCAGUUUCACUAGGCUCUGGGGGGAAUUGACUCGAUUGAUGCUUCCCAAGGCGCUGCUCCCUAAGCAUCAGGGAUCUGGAGAAGGGGCAUUUUCCCUCCUUCCCCCCUUUUCCUGUUGCAGAGGAUGACACUUCUUUAGGCGCCGGGCAUGAGGGGUGCUAGGUAUCUGGCUAGGGUGACCAGAUGUCCCGAUUUUAUAAGAACAAUCCUGAUAUUUGGGGUUUUUUCCUAUAUAGGCUCCUAUUACCCCCCAUCCCGAUUUUUCACACUUGCUGUCUGGUCACCCUAUAUCUGGCCCUCCAGCUGCUGCCUCGUUUCUUCCUGAAGGUCUCUGUAACCUUUGCAAACUAGAGGGAGCUGUGCAUGCGAAAACCUUAGGGCCAGGAGGAGGAGGCGAAAAACCCUUUGACGUAUCAGGAGCCACGAUUGCAAAGAGGCUUCCAGACCUUCCAGCCACCGAUUUUUUUUUUUAUCUCCCGCCUUUCCCCAAAUCAUCCCCAACAACCGCAUCCAAACUAUGACGGGCUUCCUGAAGCUGCAGCUCCCUCCAUCCUUCCUCCCCAAAGUAGCCCGCAGGUCCCUGAAACCAGAGAAGAACUGAUGGAUGCAAAAGGCUGAAAAGUCUCUUCCCACUCCCGCCCCCUUUUCUUUGUGCAGUUGCCUUGCAAAAAGCUACUGGUGGUGGUUGGAGAUCACGGUUGCGGUUGUGUUGUGUUUGCAGCUGCUUUCCUGGAUCCUGUACAGGAGACGAGCUCUGAAGGAAAGCCUCAUAACAACCCUCUCAAAAUCUAACAAAGAAGAAAAAAGCUGUCACUGGACUCUUCCAAGCUAGACUUUUGCUAAAGUUUUCCAGUCCUGCUUUUGUGAAUGUCUCUUAAGAGGGAGGAGGUUUGAUUAUUAUUUUUUUUUGUAAGAUCCCUGUUUAUUUGGGCUUUGGAAUAAAUCACUGCCUUUCCCCCCCACCAGAAAUAAAAACUGAAUGAUGGAUGUGUGCCAAUGUGUACUGGAGAUGGUCUUGUUUUUCCAGGAAUUGCGUGUAUGAGGGUUUGACACUUCAGCAGCCUUAACUAUAAACCAAGGAAGUUUCUGGUGGUGAUGGGAAAUAAAUAUAUACACAGCUUCGUAUCUGACAAGAAAAUGUAGCUGGGAUGCGAUUCCGUUCCCCGGAUCUCUUAAAGGAUUCUAACUGGAUAGACAAAGACUUAAAAGAAUCGCUGGUUAUAUAUUUAUGUAUUUAAGAGGAACUUUGUAAAGGCAGUUUUUAAAUGGACAUUAAUGUGCCUGGCUGGUGUUUGAACAGAUGAGGUGUUCAUUGUCUAGGGUUGUUUGGGGUUUUUUUUUUUUAAAUGUUUCUUUCCAGACCAUAGGAAAUUGUCUUUGCGGGAUGCUCUAUUGUUGCUUAGAUCUGAUCGUUCCAUAAUGAACUGGUAAAUUUCUUCUCUCUCUUUCUUUCCCCUUUAAAAGCGCUAAUGCUUUGUAAAUGCUCGGUAUCGCAAAUCCGUUUUAGGGAUUAAAACCGAUCUCUUAGAAAGACACUCUGAAGCUUUCAUUCGAGACAGGUUUUUGGCUGCGUGUGUCUAUUUUUUGAAGCUUAGUGCAGGGGAGAUGACAUUUUUUUUAAAAAAGACUUUUUCUCCCCUCAAUUUUCCAUUGCAUUUGAACUGGUAAUAGAUUGUGGAAACCUUCCGUGAUCCAACCCCCACACACAGAUCUGGUUUGAUGUAAGUAUUUUAUUUCAUAGGGUCUAUAGGAUCUCCAGACAGGAGUGUGUUGCUUUUCGUUUGGCGUUAAACACCUUUGAAACCCUCUUCUUUUAAAGGGAGAGAGGACAUUUCAUUUCCAACUCCUGGAGAAGCUCGCUCUGGGAUAAGACAUCAGUCUGAGACAUAAACAUUGGCGACCUCUCGAUGCGCAGGGUCUCCUGAAAGGAAGAUGAAUGACGCUCAAUUUGGAUUAUAAAUCAUGGGGACCCACUAAGGCUUAUCUGAUGGCAGCUUGAGAAUUCUUCCCAACCCACUUGUUCUGCCCAGAGAGGUCGAGGUUUUGUUGUCAGGCUGGAACAAAUGGCCAAGUGGCUGAAAGAUUACUUGAGUUUUGGGAGCAGGAGGUCUCCUCCUCAGCCCCCCACGCCCGACUACACGGAGAGUGAGAUUUUAAAGGCUUACAGAGCGCAGAAGAGCCUGGAUUUUGAGGAUCCCUAUGAAGACAGCGACAAUAAGCUGGAGCCGGAGCCUGGGGGGUCGGGCUCCCCAAAUACAGCAGCUGCUGGUGGCUGUGCGGAAGGGAAAUACACCUCCCCAAAACACAGGCUUAUCAAAGUGGAGUCCAAAGCUCUGUUGGCGACGGCUGCUGAGGAACUCAAAGGCGGGCAAGAGCAGGGCGAUGGCGACAGCGAGUACUCCGACCCCUUCGAUGCCCGCCGGGAGCAGCCAGGGGACGCCGAGGAGACGGUGCCGGAGAACAACGGCUACAUGGAGCCCUACGACGCCCAACGGGUGGUGGCGGAUCUCCAGGGCAAAGGCGACUGGGAGGGCCGGUGGGGGAAGCAGUGCCAGCAGGGGCUGCAGCUUUACGACACCCCCUAUGAAGAGCAGGAGCGAGACCCCGAGGGCGGCCCGGCCAGCCCGGCCCGCGAGAGCCGCCUGCCCCAAGACGACGAGCGGCCGGCGGACGAGUACGAUCAGCCCUGGGAGUGGAAGAAAGACCACAUCUCCCGGGCCUUCGCAGCAGUGCAGUUCGAGAACCCCGACUGGGAGCGCCCCUCCUCCCUGAACAAAGAGCGCCGUCGGCCGCCGAAGCACCUGACGGCAGGCCCCAAGCACGGCCGAUCGCAGAGCCCGGAGCGCAGCCCCCCCGUGGCCGAGCGCGUGGACCCCUCGCUGCCACUGGAGAAGCAGGUGUGGUACCACGGCUCCAUCAGCAGAGCGGACGCCGAGACCCUGCUGACUCUGUGCAAAGAAGGCAGCUACCUGGUGCGGAACAGCGAAACCAGCCACCAUGACUACUCCCUGUCGCUCAGGAGCACCCAGGGCUUCAUGCACAUGAAGUUCACCAGGACCAGGGAGAACAAGUACGUGCUGGGCCAGAACAGCGCCCCCUUUGAGAGCAUCCCCGAGGUCAUCCACUACUACACGGUGCGGGAGCUGCCCGUCAAAGGGGCCGAGCAACUCUCGCUGCUGUACCCCGUCGCCGUGCAGACCCUCUGACCCGGGGGGCGCUUGCUGACCACGAGGAAGGGCUGGUCCGGCCCCAGCCCAGCCCCCAGGGGCGACUGGGGCUGCAUGCUGCGUGCCCGGUCGUUUCAGCACAGGGGACUCCUGCUCCGAAGCAGCAAUGGCAAGUCGCUCUGGCCGCAAUGCUGCAUCCGACGCCCUCCGAACCCUGCGUCCUGCUCUGGGGGGGUGGCCUUUGUCCUGGAAGGUCCCACACAGGGACGGGGUUAGCCUGGGGUCAUCCCUUCUAGCCCCAUCUGGGAGCUCCUGCUUCGGGGUUGUUUGUCGGGGAGAUUCCCUUUCCCCUCUGCCCCCACCUUGGUCUCUCCUGCUCUGGGAUGCUGCUGGCCCCAAGGGCCUGCUGUGUCCUGCCCCAUAACAUCUCUGCCCUGCUCUGGGGGGCUCUGAGAGACACUCCCAAGUUACUUCCCCACCUCCAGGCAGGUUUGAUCCCAGGGUCCCCCCUUCCUUUGUGCAGCCCUGGGGGCUGCCACUGUGGGAGGGAGGUUUCUAGCAUGUCCCCCACCGUCCUGCCCUGGGAGGGCCACGCCCGCCACCCCCGGGAAGGCUCUGAGCACAAUAACAUGUAGACACGGUAGGUUCAUGUAACUGCCCUCCGGUGUCCUACCCCCGGUGUCAUCUCGCCUGAGCCAGCUCCCCCCACACACAACCUCCCCGGCCCCCUGAGCCGGGUGGGCCCCCUCCCUCGCCAUUCCCCUGGCGUGUGUGCGCGGGGCCGUCGCGCCGUGUGUGCUCUGUGUUGCUCUGUUCGUGCUGCCUUGGCAGAUAGGGGUCCAUUAAACGCCGUAGUACAGA